GUGGGUCAGCCUCUGGCCUGUCCCCCGGCCGAAGCCAGCCUGUCAUGGAGGGGGAUGUCCCCGCCGCUGCAGCCGCCUGCUACCAGCCGGCCAGCCCCCCGCGGGACGCCUGUGUCUACAACAGCUGCUACUGUGAAGAAAAUAUUUGGAAGCUUUGUGAAUACAUCAAAAACCAUGACCAGUAUCCUUUAGAAGAGUGCUACGCUGUCUUCAUAUCUAAUGAGAGGAAGAUGAUACCUAUCUGGAAACAACAAGCAAGACCUGGAGAUGGACCUGUGAUCUGGGAUUACCAUGUUGUCCUGCUUCAUGUCUCAAGUGGUGGACAGAGCUUCAUUUAUGAUCUUGACACUGUCCUGCCAUUUCCCUGUCCUUUUGACACUUACGUGGAAGAUGCAUUUAAGUCUGAUGAGGACAUCCAUCCACAGUUUAGAAGGAAAUUUCGAGUGAUCCGUGCAGAUUCAUAUUUGAAGAACUUUGCUUCUGACCGAUCUCACAUGAAAGAUUCCAGUGGGAACUGGAGAGAACCUCCUCCAUCAUAUCCCUGCAUCGAAACUGGAGAUUCCAAAAUGAACCUGAAUGAUUUUAUCAGCAUGGAUCCUGAGGUAGGAUGGGGAGCUGUCUACUCCCUGUCUGAAUUUGUACAUCGGUUUGGCAGUCAGAACUACUGAAAGGGACAUCUGGAUGUAAACUAUGGAGAAAUUCUAGGACAUGAACAGUCCAUCUCUUCAUUUGGGACAGCAAACACUAUGGUACAUUUGGCUUGGAAUUAUAUUUUCUUCUUUUAAUUCAGUUGAGUUGAAACAUGAAUGAACAAAAAAAUUAAUAAAAAUAAUUUUUUUAAGGGGCGCCUGGGUGGCUCAGUUGGUUAAGCUUCCGACUUUGGCUUAGGUCGUGAUCUCAUGGUUCGUGAGUUUGAGCCCUACGUCGGGCUCUGUGCUGACAGCUCAGACCCUGGAGCCUGCUUUGGAUUCUGUGUCUCCCUCUCUCUCUCUCUGCCUCCCCUCCCCCACUCAUGCUUUUUCUCUCUCUCUCUUUCUCUCUCUC